AGAGGCUAAGUGAAUGUUAGAGCCACUGUGGUCACUGCUAAAAUACUGAAUAAGAGUGGAAUGGAGGGAUUAACCAGUAGGAUUUAAAAUUUGGAGCUGGAGCAGAAGCUCAUGCAGAGGGAGCCAAUCGGGAGAAGAUCGGGAUUAAAAGGAGCCUUGGUCUAAAUGGGUCCGGUCAUGCCUCCCAGUAAGAAGCCGGAAGGUUCCGGUAUCAGCGUUGCCAGUGGUCUGAGUCAUUUCUAUCAGGCUGGCUCCAUCACACGGGCCCUACAAGAGGCAGAGGAGAUGGACUUGGCUUUGCCCACCAUCAAGCUGGAGAAGACCUCCAUGGAGGAUGAGGAGCUCACCAACCUGAACUGGCUCCACGAGAGCAAGAACCUGCUCAACAGUUUUGGAGACCCCGUUCUCCGGAGCGUCAGUCCCGUCCAGGACCUGGACGACGACACCCCUCCCUCCCCAGCCCAUUCGGACCUCCCUUACGACGCAAAGCAGAACCCGAACUGUAAGCCUCCUUACUCAUUCAGCUGCCUGAUCUUCAUGGCCAUUGAAGACUCUCCUUCCAAGAGACUGCCAGUAAAGGAUAUAUACAACUGGAUCCUUGAACACUUCCCAUAUUUUGCCAAUGCCCCCACAGGUUGGAAAAACUCAGUUAGGCACAACCUUUCCCUCAAUAAGUGUUUUAAGAAAGUGGACAAGGACAGGAGUCAGAGUAUCGGGAAGGGCUCCCUGUGGUGUAUAGACCCAGAAUACAGACAGAAUCUAAUCCAGGCUCUAAAGAAGACGCCAUACCAUCCCUACUCCCAGGUGUUCAACACGCCUCCUACUUCUCCUCAGGCAUAUCAAAGCAUGUCCAGUUCUCCGAUUUGGCCUGGGAGUCCCUACUACAGAAAAAACAAAGGAGUUCUCCUACAAGAUGCAGAUAUAGAUGCUGCUGUUUCCAUGAUGCUUUUGAAUACGCCUCACCUCCCAGGGUUCUUCCCUCAGGGAGUGAUCCAGAACGGAGCUCAUAUGAUGAACCCGGGUCUCUUCCCUGGAAUCCGACCCAUCCACUUCAACCCCAUUGGCAGCAGAACAGCGGCUGUGAGGUCAGUCCUGGCCGGCUACAGAAUGCGCAACGACAGCGAGCCCUCUUGUGACUCCCCACUGGUCAGCAGCGACCCUAAGGAGGACCACAACUACAGCAGCGCCAAGUCUUCCAGCUUGCGCACCGGCGACUCCCCGAACCCCGCCCCCGGAGACGAGGCUCCCCACGAAAGCAUCGAGCACAACUUCCACGGCAACGAAGCCGGCAGCGACGCGGAGGAGGACGACAAGAAAAUCAAGAAAGAACCCAAGGAGUGGUCAGUGGACGCGCUGGCCAUGGCUCAGCAAAAGAAACGGCAACAUUUGACAAAAGCCAAACAGAGAGUGUCCAGUGACACGCUGCCCUUGAAAAAGAGGCGUACGGAGAAACCCCCAGAGAGCGACGACGAGGAGAUGAAGGAGGCCGCCGGCUCUCUGCUCCACCUGGCCGGCAUUAGGGCCUGCUUGAACAAUAUCACCAAUCGGACGGCAAAGAAAGAACAAAAAGAGUCUAUGAAAAAUUAA